AUGUCCGAGUCACAAGCGUAUCUCAACGCCUCGCCUACUGGUAUCACAACGCUUGACAACCUCAUCAUGAAAAGCUGCUUAGUCCCAACCCUUGUGGUACUCGCCAUUGUAGGGUGCCUGGUUCCCUCUGUCUAUUCCACCUGGCGACAUGCCCAGAAAGCUCGAAAGAUAAGUUGUGGAGAACCCCCUCUCUACCCCAGCCAGCACCCUUUCGGUAUUUCCACCCUCUUCGAAACACUUGACGCAGCGAGAGAGAAGAGACUCCCACAGCUUGCAGAGAGGCGGAUUUCUUUCCUAUCCCGUCGGCAUAACAGAUACGUCUCUACCUUUCGUAUGUAUCAGGCUGGUCGGGAGAACCUGUUCACGGCAGAUCCCAAGAAUAUCCAGUCUAUGCUGGCGACUCAGUUCAAGGAUUUCGGCUUGGGUGAGAUGCGUCGUAAUGUAGCUGAACCUCUUAUUGGACAUGGAAUUUUUACGCGAGAUCGGAUGAACAAUCUUGACAGGGAAGAACGUCAUGUUCACAACGCGUUGCGUGCCAUUCCGAUGCGAUCUGACGGCUGGUCCUCUGCAGUGGAUAUUCAAGCCAUCUUCUUUCGUCUUACCCUCGACUCGGCCACAGAGUUCCUCUUCGGUAAAAGCUGUGAUAGUCAGAUUUCUGCUAUGCAAAAGGAAGCAAGCCAGGCCUCCGAUGACACUUUUCUGUAUGGGUUUGACCGGUGCAUGUGGUAUCUCGCGGAGCGACUCCGGUUCGAGCGGCUCUACUGGGUUAUCUACAACCAGGAGUUUCGGAAGUGUAUCGACAUUGUGCACGCCUUCGUGGACCAGUAUGUUCACUCUGCUUUGAUGCAGGCGAAGCAGAAGGAAGAGAAAGCCCAGGGCAUCGAGAAGGUGUCAUCGCAGUAUAUCUUCCUGGAAGCCCUGACUAGUACUAUAAAAGACCCCGUCAGGUUGCGCGAUGAAUCUCUCAACGUCCUCCUAGCAGGCCGUGACACAACGGCUUCUCUACUGAGCUGGACGAUCCUCCUUCUUGCGCGGCACCCACACAUCUUCGCAAGGAUCCGAAGCGAUAUCCUCGAUCAAUUCGGCACUUACGAUCAGCCACGCAGCAUGGACUUUGCGUCUUUGAAAUCAUGCCAGUACCUCCAGCAUUUCCUCAACGAAACCCUUCGUCUCUACCCGGUCGUACCCUUCAACCGCCGUUGCGCGACGAAGGACACUACCCUCCCCCGCGGCGGCGGGAAAGACGGUACCUCGCCGAUCUACAUCCGCAAGGGCCGUACAGUCAUGUACAGCACCUACGUCUUGCACCGUCGAAAGGAUAUCUGGGGCGAGGAUGCUGAAAUCUUUAAUCCGGACCGGUGGGUCGGCCGAAAGGUCACCUGGGAGUAUAUUCCGUUCAAUGGGGGACCCAGGACAUGCAUUGGUCAACAGUUUGCUUUGAUGAGGUCCAGUUAUGUGCUAGUAAGAUUAUUGCAGAGGUUUGAUAAGAUUGAGGAUGUGCACUCUGAGAGGGAGAUUCGUUACGGUGUUUCACUUACUUCUUGUCCGGCUGAUCCCGUGACUGUGAGAUUGCAUCAGGCGGAGACCGGGGUUUAA